AUGUCUUCAAAAAAUGCCCGGACGGACCCACAAUGGGUAACACCUUCUUCUAAUCAGGAUGUACCACCGGAUUAUGAAACGAUUGGUACCAUAUUUGGUUAUGCACUUCUAGUGCUUUCAUGGAUUCUAAUCAUAAUUACCUUUCCAUUUUCUAUGUGUGUUUGCUUAAAAGUCAUCAAAGAGUACGAAAGGGUAGUAAUAUUUCGAAUUGGUCGGCUUGUUUUUGGUGGCGCUCGUGGACCAGGAAUGAUAUUUGUCAUACCGUGCAUCGAUACAUACAGGAAAAUUGAUCUUAGGGUUGUGUCAUAUGCUGUGCCUCCGCAAGAAAUUCUUUCAAAAGAUUCAGUAACGGUAUCUGUUGAUGCCGUGGUCUAUUUUCGUACUUCUGAUCCGAUUGCAUCUGUGAAUAACGUUGACGAUGCUAUAUACUCGACAAAAUUGCUCGCUCAAACAACUUUGCGUAACGCACUUGGCAUGAAAACUUUAACCGAGAUGUUAACGGAACGUGAAGCUAUUGCGCAACUUUGUGAAACAAUUUUGGAUGAAGGAACCGAACAUUGGGGUGUUAAGGUGGAACGAGUAGAAGUCAAAGAUAUUAGAUUACCUCAACAGUUAACACGUGCAAUGGCGGCAGAAGCUGAAGCUGCACGUGAAGCACGUGCUAAAGUUGUCGCAGCGGAAGGUGAACAGAAGGCAUCUCGAGCUCUUAAAGAAGCCGCCGAUGUAAUUCAAUCUAAUCCGGUAGCCUUACAGUUACGACAUCUUCAAGCAUUAAAUAGCAUCGCAGCGGAGCACAAUUCAACAAUCGUAUUUCCGGUACCAGUGGAAAUGUUUGGGGCAUUUAUGAAGAAAGAUAAUUAA